AUGGACCCUCCGGUCCUCCCCGUGUCCAGGUUGGAUGUGGAUGUGGACCUUGGUUUUGCCUUCUUCUUCUUCUUCCUGCUCUGCUUCUUCUUGUUGGUGACCAUAGUCCGCUGCGCUCAGAUGGUGCUGGACCCUUACAGUAAUAUCUCUGUCACGACAUACCAGGAGGAGCAAGAAGAGGAGUGA